UGAAAGACUAAAACACGAAAGGUAUGGAAUCUCGGUGGGUGCAGCGAUCGGACUAAGAAAGCAGGAAAGAAGACAUUGCGAGAUGGUCCGGUGAAUGACGUUCUGGGUGGAUAGACCUCGUGGGAUCCUGCCACCAAGAAUAUCAGAGGGCAGGGUCGAAAUAAGCCUGCCGGCGAGAAAUACGGUAGGCAAUCUGGUAAUGGACUGGGUGGGGGUAGAGUUGGUGGAAGAUACGGUGUACCUAGUAGUGAAGCUAGAAUGGCGGGCGAGAGGAGAGUUCGGGGGCGUAGACUUCAACCGCCCAGGGCGUGUACACGCGACGGGAUCCUUACACCUGUCAGAAGAAGGAUGGCGGACCUUUGGGAUUGCUUUGGCUUCCGGGGAUGACCCCGUGCGAAUGUUCGAAGGAGCAUGGCAAAUAACCUGGCGGGAGGGGUUUGAGUUUGCAGAUCCGGAACGAGAUGACGUGACGGCUGAGGUAAAAGUCGCCGCAGCAGGGGUCUUUGAGCUGCCGAAUGAGAUCGUACGGAUGAGUCUGUCGCCCUUCCUGCUAAGACGAAUGGGAGGCAUAAAACGAGUGGAGCAGGCGGUAACUGCCGUAAAACUAGGCGAAAUGGCAACGGAGGAGGAAACAGAUAAUCAUAAGAGUGAAGGAGAACCGGGCUUAGGAGGCAGUGCCGCACAAAGCGAAGGGGGGCAGAAGGACAGAGAAUCGAUAAAUCCGGAUGGUACCAAAGGAAAACGGAAGGAGAUCUCCACAGGGGAAAGCUCGGGGAAAGCUGGGGGAAGCAGACAGGGGACUCAGGGGACCAAGGGAGGCAGUAAUAAGGAUAGGACAAACCCCGAGAACUCGGAGGGAGCCGUGUCUAAGAAAGUAAGAGUCACGGAUACGAGGCGCAGACUAGCCGAGAUAGACAAAAGGACCGCGGAAUACAAGGCAAGAUUGAUUGAGGAAAUGAUGACUGGGAACGAAGAAGGCUCUCUGCAGGAGGAACCCCGGGACGAACGGAGAACCGACCGAGGAGGGACUGGACAAGGGGAUAAAGGUAGUGACCGUGGGGGAACGCCGAGCAAAAGAAGGAAAGAAGAGGAGAACUCUCCAGGGAUGGACGUGGAAAAGGCUAUGACCCCGCCAGCCAUAGAUAGUAGGGCUAGCCGCCUGCUGACCACGCCAGCAGUGACGCGAGGGUGCGAAGGACUAUGGAGCCUUAGGGAAAGAAUGUUGGGAUGGUUUGACCCAGAGGGAACUACGAAAAUCAGGGAGGGACAGAAGGCCGGCAAGGAAGGUCCGGAUAACAGUGUGACAGGUGAGGCCAGCAGCUCCGAGGGCGGCCUUAAGAAGAUAGUGUCAUCCCUUGUGCGAGCACUAAACAAAAAUCAAGGCUACCUAGCAGAUGCUAAGAAGAAGUUGACGUUUGAUGGGGCGAACAUCACGCAAUUCCUGAUAGAUUACGAGAACUUGACUGCGCUGUUGAAAUGGACCGAAGAGGAGAAGAUGGACCACCUGGGACAGCAUGUGUCUUUGAGCCUAGGACAGGACAUAAUGGCCAUCGUAGCUGCAAGCCGGUCUUGGAAAGAAACCCGGGAUGUGAUGAUGAGAAAGUAUCUGGCAGCAGAAAAGAUGGCAACGGAGGCCGAUUUAGCGGCAAUCCAGAGAAAGAACUUCGCAAUGUACAAUGACUUCCUACGGGAGUUUACUUUGGUAGCACUAAGAAUCCCCGGGGUUACAGAUCAAAUAAUGAAAGCCGAACCGGUGGGCGAGAUCAUCUGGGAUCAACGCCAGGGGCACGUGCCGCAGGUCAAUUUCAUUUUGGAAAACGACGGACAUGAUAGGGUGAACGCGACUACUCGGCUAGGGACGAUUGGGAGAAGGAUUAACCGUGAUACCGUGAUGGAGGAGGUUGCUGGAAGUUCAGAACCCCAGGCAGAGCCUGAGGCCGAGGAACCGGAAAAGGUCUAUGGGAAACCUAGGGAAGAGGAGCCUACAGACAAAGUUUUCGCUGCCAAGAAGAAGUUUAGGUACCAAAUCCCGAUCUUAUCCUUACCUGAGAUCGAUGACACCAUUAGCAAGUUACUAGGGACCAUGGUGUCGGUGUCUUUUCAGACUAUGUUGCAGGCUAGCCCUAGGUUGCUCAAAGGGCUUAGACAACUGUUGACCCAACGGCGAGUAGAAAUAGGCGACAACCCCGAGCUACCUGAAGGGGAGAGGGAGGAGGAAGCUCCGCAAGAAGUAGCUAACCUUCAGAGGAGUCGCGGGGACUUGGAGGAUCUCGAGAAAACUUUUGCGGACAUUCGUUUGAGUUUGCCCGACCGAGAGGGCGGCGAGGUCAUGAGGUCACCUCCCGGGACAAAGCUUAACUUUCAUGCACUGCCUGUAGGAAAGCUGAAAAUCCAGAUCAGGACUCAUCAUACCGACGCGUUAGUAGACGGGGGGGCAGAAAUCACCCUUAUAAGAAGAGAUUUCGCAACGAUUACAGGAUGUACGGUAAACAAGGAAGUAGUAGGGAGCAUCCGGGGAGCUGGCGGGGAAAUCCCGUUCGCUGGGUACGUCACGAAGUGUGCUGUAAAGGCAGGGGUCAUGGAAUCAAUCUGGUCAUUUCAGCGGAUGACCGUAAUGGAGGAAAUGGACCACGACAUAAUCCUCGGGAGACCGUGGUGCGCGAACGUAGAGAUGAUAGGCAUGCACUUGCACGAUGGCUCGUACAUGGUAGACAUAGAGGACCCUGUGACCGGCCGGGGAGAGCUCCUUCGACUCCUUGGAACGGGAGGAGACCCCCCGAAGGGGAAACUGGCAACAUGGUCGCCGUCGUUCGAGGAUAGCACGCGGAAAGGGGUUUUCUCACGGAUGGAGGGUAUGCGACAAAGGGUAAAAAUCAUGAUUAAGGAAGCAUUCAACAAAACGGAGUGGAUCAAGAUGGGCCUGCCCCAGAAGAAGAGGAGGCAGGAGGACGAAGUCCUAGGUGUUAUGGUAGCAGAAAAGGAGUCAGAGGUUGAACUUGGUAUUAGCCUGCCCAAACGGAAAGAAGUGCGCGUAGACAUGCCGGAGAUCGCGCUCGAGAUCCCCGAUCUAUUGCAACUCAUCAAGGCCCUCAGAUACCACAAGGUAGGAGUGGAUUCAGCAGCCUUGGCCAAGUUCGAAAGAGAGGUGCAAAAGGGAUAUUGCCUGAAUGAGAAAUUAGUUAGCAUUCAACCACGAGUCAUAGAGGCGACGGGGGCAAUUCCGACUGUUCAUUGUUUAGGAGAAAGAUCCCGGAAGGAAGUGUUCGAAAGUACAAGCUGGUAGGGAAGAAAGCAAAACCGGUCUCGAUCCUGCUAGAGACAUUAAAGGAAGAAGCUAUGGAGAAGGAGGAAGAGGUCCUUCGAGUGAUCCGAGAAAGAAGGGCGACGGAGGGACAUCGGAUACCAGAUGAGGUAGCGGACACAAUGAAGAUAGGGAUAAACGAGUUCUUAACGG